CGUUAGCUGGGAGAGAAUUUCUAGGCUUGGCUGAAGCUAGAAAUUGUGAUCGUUCUUUCUCUUCUAUUCACUCAGCUAUGGAGCCUACUCAACCUAGGGGAUCCCGAUCAAACCCCUCACCACCGCCUAGUGUCUUUCAUAGGAUUGUGCACUGUAGAUGGUUCGUUUGUUUCCGAAUCACAGAUGGCGACUUGUGGGAUUACAGUUGCUAAUUCCCACGGUCAGGUGUAUGACAGCAAUGUUGAGAGAUUCUUUUGUUCCAAUUCGAUGCAGGCGGAAGCUUAUGCUAUUCUCAAUGGAGUGACAUUGACGGCUCGAGAACAACGCUCAGCUUGUGUCAAAUCAGAUUGUCAGAUUUUGGUGAAUGCUCUGAAGCUUGUUCCGGCCCAGUGGCCUUGGCAAUGUCGGGCUUUACUUGCUCGUGUCUCGACCAUUCUCGUCUCGGCUCUGUGGGUGAAAGUGAUGUUUGUUCCUAAACGUCACAAUCUGUUAGCCGACUGGGUUGCUCAUAAUGCUAGAUUAGGUGCUCUCCCACGAGAUUGGAUCAUUGUUGCCGAUCUGUUGUCUCCUUUGUUGUAACCAACUGUACUUCCACUGUUUCGAUUUGGAAUGAAAGUGCCCCAAUUUGUAAAAAAAAAAAGGACCUAUUUAUGUGAAUCAAAAUUAUCAAUUAUUGUUUCAAAUGGAAGUGUUAUCGUGUUAUAGAAUUUAGGUAAGAUUUAUUGUGCUAGAGGUUUUGGAUUAUGAAUUUGAUAUUUGUGAAUAGUAUAGUCCACAAUAUUUUUUCCGUAUUUAAGAUGUUAUGGUAUUUUUUCUAUGAAUGUCCAUUUUUUAUUUUAUUUUGGAAGAAUUUCCAUUGAUCAUUACAUUUUCUUCUUUACCUUUUUCAUGAAUCAGUAGCAUUUUUAUAUAAUAAAAAAUAGUAAUGUAC